CGGGGACUCGUGGAGAGGAUCAACACGGCCGCCCGUUAAAUAAAUAUUAGAGAUCUGCGCCCGUCUAGAAGAAAAUUAAGGAAGAUCUGCGAACUGUUACCAUGGCGACAGCUCUUCGGUUUGUGGCGAGGAAGGUCUGCAGUCGCGCUCUUCAGCGGCCGCAGCAGCCGUGUUUUCCGGCUGCCGCUUCACCCGCCGUCAAGGAGGAACAGAGCAUGUUGCUGCCAAGGAUUAGCCAUGGCGGGAGUUCACUUCGUCGGUUCAGCUCUUCAGAAACACCAAAUUUUCUUAAUAAUAACAAGAAGCACCUGCCUGGUGGCGCCAAAUCUGGCGCAAUCGUUGCAGAACCAACCGAGAGCCUAGCCAAGCGAGUAGAGGAGAAGAAACACGAGCUGCUCCAUCUGCUUCGCCAGUUGGAAGGUGAAUCUUCCAUGGGGAGUGAGCAAAAGGAGCUACAACAAUUGCUUCAGUGUUCUACUAACAAGUUCGUACUCUCGGUAUUUAAAGUGUUUGUGGGAGGGAUAGUGGUAGGCAAGGCAACCUCGUUGGCCAUCGUUGCUAUGUUGCCUCCGAAUUAAAAUAAUUACUUGUUGCAUAUGUAUCGGAUCAAAUAAGUCUGUUCAUUAGUUCAUGUUCUCUAUGUAAUCUAUAUAACCUUGUUGACAAAGUUUGUUAUUUGAUCUAUGUAUUAUUUACUAA